AGACAGCAAUGACUACUAUCCAAGAAUUGAGAGAUGCUGGGAAGAGGCUGCUACAAUCGCUCGAUAUAAUUUUGAUGCAAUAAUUAGUGACAUCUUACGUAAUUCAGACUAUUCCAUAGAUGUUAAAUUAGAGUGCAUUAAAAAGUUGAUGAUGGUCGUGGUAAAUAGUGAUGAGAAGUAUGAUAUUAUUACAAGUUUGUACUUAAUUAAUGAUAUAGUAGAUUGUUCUAGAAAGACUAAUGAACUAACUAAAACGUUUUUAGAGUUUAUAAAAAUAAUAGAUGAAACAGUUAUGCAGCCAGAUGGAUCAAAUAUGUUUUGUAUUUACUUAAGAUGGAUUGGCAUUAUAGGAUCUGAUAGUUAUUGCAGUUUAAAAGAUAAGAAAGUGAUUAUAAAGAUUCUAAUGGAUCAAAUAGAUGUUAAUUAUAAUCUUAAUCUAGAUAACAUAUGGGAUAGUUGGAUUCGUGACAAUUAUUUUAAUAUAUUGAAAAAUUUAGAAAUGAGUAAGAAUAUAUUAUUUGAUGAAGAAAGCCCAGAAAGUGUUGAGAAGUACAACUGUAUUAUGAACAAAAUAAACAGCGCAUUUAACCCAGCAAAAAAGAAAG